GGAGGAGCAGAAGGAGGAAGAGGAGGAGCUGCAGAAGGAGGAAGAGGAGGCGUCCCGUCCUCGUCCGUGUCCAGAGGAGAGGAGCGGCCGCCAUGUUAACCAAGAAGCCCGGAACCUCGGUCCUCCCAGCGGGCAAAGUGGGCGAGUCGGUCUACUCUCCAGGUCACGGUGGCUCUCAGACGACGUCGCCUGUCGCCCUGCCGCGACUUCGCAACCACAACCACAACGCCCUGACGGGAGGCUCCAAAGCCGCCAUGUCGGACGCCGUCCAGCUGUCGUCUCAGUCGCAGGUCCACGUCACUCAGCUGUACGAGGAGAACACCAACAAGCGUCCGGUGCUGACCUCCCAGCCCAACGGCCUGGCUCCUCUCGGCUCCUCCUCCCGGCCGGGCCUCCCGCUGCCGGACCGCCAGCCCUCGGCCCCGGAGCCCCCCCACCACUGCCGGCAGGGCAGCGCCUCCUCCAACAAGUCGGCGGACGGCAAGCCGAAGCUGUCCUCCUUGUCCCCGGAGCAGGCCAUGAAGCAGUUCAUGUCCAAGAUGUCCACGCUGGAACACCACGAGGUCUUCAACUACCCCGAAGUGUAUUUUGUUGGUCCGAACGCUAAGAAGAGGUCGGGGGUCAUGGGCGGAGCCAACAACGGCGGCUACGACGACGAUCAGGGAUCCUACAUCCACGUUCCUCACGACCACAUCUCCUACGUUCCUCACGACCACAUCUCCUACCGCUACGAAGUCCUGAAGGUCAUCGGCAAGGGCAGCUUCGGACAGGUGGUGAAGGCCUUCGACCACAAGUCCCAGACCCACGUGGCCCUGAAGAUGGUCCGCAACGAGAAGCGCUUCCACCGGCAGGCGGCGGAGGAGAUCCGCAUCCUGGAGCACCUGAGGAAGCAGGACAAGGACUCCAGCAUGAACGUCAUCCACAUGCUGGAGAACUUCACCUUCCGCAACCACAUCUGCAUGACCUUCGAGCUGCUCAGCAUGAACCUGUACGAGCUCAUCAAGAAGAACAAGUUCCAGGGCUUCAGCCUCCCGCUGGUCAGGAAGUUCGCCCACUCCAUCCUGCAGUGUCUGGACUCGCUGCACAAGAACCGCAUCAUCCACUGCGACCUGAAGCCCGAGAACAUCCUGCUCAAGCAGCAGGGACGCAGCGGCAUCAAGGUCAUAGAUUUUGGUUCCAGCUGUUAUGAACAUCAGAGAGUUUACACCUACAUCCAGUCCAGGUUCUACAGAGCGCCAGAGGUCAUUCUAGGCUCCAGGUACGGGAUGCCCAUCGACAUGUGGUCUCUGGGCUGCAUCCUGGCCGAGCUGCUGACCGGCUACCCGCUGCUGCCGGGCGAAGACGAAGCCGACCAGCUGGCGUGCAUCAUCGAGCUCCUCGGCAUGCCGAGCCAGAAGCUGCUCGACGCCUCCAAGAGAGCCAAGAACUUUGUGUCGUCGAAGGGCUACCCGCGGUACUGCACCGUCACCACGCUGCCCGACGGCACCACCGUGCUGAACGGCGGGCGCUCGCGGCGGGGGAAGGUACGGGGCGCUCCGGGCAGCAAGGACUGGAGCGCGGCGCUGAAGGGCGGCGACGACCCGCUGUUCUUGGACUUCCUCAAGCAGUGUCUGGAGUGGGACCCCACGCUCAGGAUGACGCCCAGCCAGGCGCUACGUCACCCGUGGCUGAGGAGGCGACUCCCAAAGCCGCCGAUGGGAACCACCGCCGGCGAGAAGACCUCCUCCUCCUCCUCCUCCAAACGCGGCACCGCCACCACCACCGACGGCGCCAUCACCUCCAUAUCCAAGCUCGCCACCACCUCCUCAACCACCACGUCCUCCUCCUCCAAAACCAGGACUAACUUGGCGGCGAUCACGGACGCCAACGGAAACAUCCAGCCCAGGACGGUGCUGCCCAAACUGGUCAGCUGAGAGUGAACGCACCCCCCGCGCUCGCUGUGGCGGGAAGCUGUGAAGCUGUGCUCUUGAGCAAACCAGCUGGAAACUAAAUAAAAACUGGUUCGUCCAGUUUUGAGGAGCGUUUGUUUAUUUUACGCUGGUCUUCACGGCGUUGUGUUGUGGGGUGCGUUCAGGAAACAAACAGUCAUGGAAAACUUGAGCGUUCGUGUGCUCAAAUGCAGGCUGGAAUUCAAGCCAAGCUGAAGGAAACUUUAUUGACAAAGUGGGAAUGCGUUCAGCCUCCUCAACUUCUCCAGAAAAGGACACAUUGUGAGCAGCGAGACAGGAAGUGACCACACAGGUUGUAAAAUGAUUGUGAGGCUGCUCAGACAAUCAGCACACUCCACUCUGUAGCUCCAAACACUCAAACACAUAAAAACAUGGUGCUGACGGAGGGAACAAAGCUUUUUUUUUAUGUUUUUACCACAGAAUCUUUUUAGCAGAGCUAAUAAACCGACACCAAAAACAACUUUAUAUAAUCUUAGUCUUACAAGGUUUUAUCUGCAGACAAGUGCAGAGUCGUAUGUUUGUGGUUUACUGACAAACAAGUCAGAUAUAUCCUUGUAAUACUUAAGUUACAGCUGCAAAAAAACGCAACGAUUAGCAUGCUAAUCUUUGUCUCAUAUCACUAUGAAAUCAUCUUUGUUACGUUUCAGUUUAGGGAACAAAGGUGGGCACUUGUCAUUACUUAAAUGGCAAUUAAUCAAUCCCAACUGAACCAUCAACCCUGUUAGCUGGCUCUUGUUAACAUGCUAUCUUGGUGCCUGUCA